AUGGAUUUCGAAAGCCUAAAGAACCAGGUUAGCAACUUGACCCUUUACGACAUCAAAGCCGGUGUUCGGAAGGUCCAGAAUGCCGUCAUGAACUUGACCGAGAUGGAGGCCAAGGUGCGAGAAGCCACAAACGGAGAUCCAUGGGGAGCAUCUGCAAGUCUGAUGCAGGAGAUCGCUCAAGGCACACACAACUAUCAACAACUGAAUGAAAUCAUGCCCAUGAUCUACAAACGGUUUACAGACAAGACUGCGGAGGAGUGGAGGCAGAUAUACAAGGCUUUGCAACUCCUGGAGUUUCUUUGCAAAAACGGGUCGGAGCGUGUUAUUGACGAUGCUCGCUCACACCUCUCCCUUCUCCGAAUGCUCCGCCAGUUCCAUUACAUCGAUCAGAAUGGCAAAGACCAGGGCGUUAACGUUCGAAACAGAUCCGCAGAGUUGGUGAAGCUAUUGAGUGACGUCGAUACCAUCAGAUCAGAGAGAAAGAAAGCACGCGCAAAUCGUCAUAAAUACGGUGGUGUGGAGGGCGGAGUGGGAAUGGGUGGCGGUUUCUCCAGCGGUAGUCGGUAUGGUGGCUUUGGCAGCGACACUGGUGGAUUUGGCGGCUACCAAGGAGAGGUCUACGGCGACGGUGGAGGCUUCGGUGGACGUGAGACUGACUUUUCGGCCACCCAGCGCCGGGGCGACCAGUUUGAAGAAUACGAUGAGGCGGAUGAUUUCGAUGCCACAGGACCAACCAGAAGCACCACCAGCACACGAACAGUACCACCAACAACAACAUCAACAGCCAAACGGGAUGCGCCUAAGCCGAAAGCACCGGAACGAGAUCUCUUUGAUUUUGGCGACGAACAACCCGUGGCUGACAAUUCCAAUGGCCAAGCUCCAGCAGCUCAGACAAGCGGCCUAGAUGACUUUGGGGGCAUGCAAAGCAGCACAGCCAAUGAUGACGACGACUUCGAUGAUUUUCAAUCUGCUACCAGUCCAGCAGCGACACAGCCUGUAGCAAAUCCGUUGGCAAGCAUUGCUCCUCCCCUAACCACUUCCACUACGACCUCGGCCACGCAGUUUGCGGCUCCGAAACCAGUGGCUCCUGGGCAGACUGCGGGUCUCAACAACAUUUUCACAACUGCAUCUCCAGCCCCAUCGACGACUUCAUCGAUAAUGUCGCCAACAACGACAACAUUUUCACCACCACCUGCACAGAAACCUUCUCAGCCUAUACAACCCACUGGGCUUAGGUCCACUGGACCCAACUAUUUCACAUCAGUCCCAAUGUCGACGAAUCCGCAGCCCACGCCCACAUCUACCGCGUCAACUCCUUUGAGCGGAGCCACUCCGUACAUGUCCUCCACUUCUGCAACAUCACUCGGCAAGCCCAUGUCCAAGCCCGCCGCGAGUAAAGGAGGCGAUGCAUUUGGAGACCUCUGGAGCAGUGCAAGCAGCAAAGCAGGGGUUAAGGGUGCCGCUGGGCUGCAGAAGGGACCAGAUCUAGCGAGCAUGGCCAAAGCGAAGAGCCAGGCGGGAAUUUGGGGAGCGGCGUCCACAGCGAGCUCGACAACCACAAGGCCUGGCGCCAUGGCUGCCAACACGGCCUCAGGUCAAGGGAAACCUGGCGCGCCUCUAGGGAGUGGCUUGGAUGAUUUGCUCGGUUAG